CACGACAAAAGAAUAUUGAAUUAGUUCCUUUACCUCCAUAUACACCUGAACUAAACCCAAUCGAAUUAUGUUUCAACACUACUAGGUUUCUUAACGAACAAUUACCAACUGAUACUGAACUAGAAUUAGAAGAUACAAUUGAUAAAAUUAUAAAUAUGAUUAAUCGGAAGCCUUUGACUAAGUAUUUUUGCCAUUGUCAAGAGUUUUUUUCUUUUAGUGAAAGUGGAAAUUAA